CCCUAGCCCUUUUUCACAAGCACUGAUAUGGUUCUCUCUCUCGGUGUUAAAUGAAUCGCCGAAGCUCUCGCUUCUCGGGUGGCCAUUGACGCUUCUCUCUCCUUCGGCAACCUCGCCUUCGCCCCUGCCCUCCUCAACCUCUGCGAGGUCUCUUUCUCUCUCCUAUACAUACUUAUAUUUGUGUAUAUAUAGCUGAUAGCUUGUGUUCUAGAUGAUUCUAGAGAGAGAAUUGACAAAUAGCUCUGAAGAUCUAUGGCGGAUCGUUCUCUCUCUCUCGCACGCGUUCGACAGACCUGUAUAGCUCUGCUUUCUCGCUCGUCAGUUCGCCUGCUCGCCAUCGUCGUCUGAAGAUCUCCAGCGAGUACCACCUUUCACGUCAGCCAAAGUUUUGGGUGUCACUUGCAUAGCCAUGAAGCUAUAGAAACAGAUCCUGAUGAAACUAGGAUGAUAGAAACUAGGAAGCAUUUGAAUUGUUGCGGAUCCUGAUGAAACUAGGAAGCUUUUGGACAAACUUGUUGUGUUAAAGCUUAAUGGAGGAUUGGGAACAACAAUGGGCUACAUUGGGCCUAAUAGUCGCAACAGAAGCAACUUGAUUGAAAAUCUCCUUGGGACGUGAAAAGCGGUAAACUACAACAGCAAGUAUGUCAGGAAAUGAACAUGGAUCUGUUCUACAAUUUGCACCGUUCCAGAGUUUUGUAGAUGAGGGUUUCUGGCAUAGAUUAUCUUCGCUAAAGCUCAACAAGUUAGGAAUUGAUGAAUCCCCUAUUCCUAUUACUGGUUUCUAUGCACCUUGCUCACAUUCUCAAGUAUCAAAUCAUUUAACUCUUCUUGCUGAAUCCUUUCCACCUGAACCAAGUGAGCAAUCAUUAGUAACUACAACAAGCCGUGGCAAUAGGAAUAGAUGUUCUGUCCCUGGUAUUCUUUUCAACACAAAUACGUUGGAGGGUUUCCAUGCACUUGACAAACAGAGCUUGCUAAAGGCUGAGGCAAAUAAGAUUUGGGAGGACAUCCAUUCUGGAAAAGCUGAGGAGGACAGUGCAGUACUUUCAAGGUUCCUUCUUAUAUCAUUUGCUGACCUUAAAAAGUGGAGUUUUCAUUAUUGGUUUGCUUUCCCUGCUCUGGUGCUUGAUCCUCCUGCAACCUUGGUUGAUUUGAGACCGGCUUCCCAGUGGUUAAGCCUGGAAGAGGCUGAAUCGCUGUCUGCAGCUUGUAAUGAGUGGCGUAACUCAAGUGCAACGGCAGAUGUGCCUUUUUUCCUGGUCUCUAUUGCUUCAAACUCACAUGCUACUAUUAAGCAUCUGAAGUACUGGGAAUCAUCCCAACACGAUGGCCAUAAGUUCUUAUUUGGCUUUUAUGACCCGUGUCAUCUUCCAAGUAAUCCCGGUUGGCCUCUUCGCAACUUUCUUGCUCUUAUUUGUUCAAGAUGGAAUCUCGAAAAGAUUCACUUUUUUUGCUAUCGUGAGAAUCGUGGUUUUGCUGAUCUGAGCUUGUCCCUCAUUGGUGAAGCCUUGAUAACAGUUUCACAAGGAUGGAAAGAUGAUCAACAUAUUCCUAAUGCCGUGGGAUGGGAACUUAAUAGAGGGAAGAAGGUACCCAGGUGUAUUAGCCUUUCUAAAUCCAUUGAUCCAACUAGGUUAGCAAUAUCGGCUGCUGAUUUAAAUUUAAAACUAAUGAGAUGGCGUGCUUUGCCGUCUUUGAACAUAAACAUCUUAUCUGCAACUAAGUGCCUUCUCUUAGGGGCAGGUACACUUGGAUGCCAGGUUGCCCGCAUGCUUAUGGCUUGGGGUGUUCGGAAAAUUACACUACUUGACUCUGGUAAGGUGGCUAUGUCUAAUCCGCUGAGGCAAUCCCUGUAUACAUUGGACGAUUGCCUCAAUGGUGGUGAUUUUAAAGCUUCAGCAGCGGUUAAAAGUCUCAAGAGAAUCUUUCCGGCUGUGGAAGCUGAAGGUGUUGUGAUGGCUAUUCCAAUGCCUGGCCAUCCGGUGCCUAGCCAUGAAGUGAAUAGUGUGCUUGAGGAUUGCAGAUGCCUACACGAUUUAAUUGAUUCUCAUGAUGUUGUUUUCUUGUUGACUGAUACAAGGGAAAGUCGAUGGCUCCCUACUCUUCUUUGUGCUAAUGCUAACAAGAUCACUAUAACUGCAGCUUUAGGGUUCGAUAGCUUCUUGGUUAUGCGGCAUGGUGCUGGUCCUCUUGGCACUCUUCGUGACUUCAAAGAUGAUGUAUCUGGUGAAAUGGGAAACGUCUACCAGAUGGAUAGAAAUGGAGAGCACAGAUUGGGUUGUUACUUUUGCAAUGACGUGGUUGCCCCAGUUGAUUCAACUGCCAACCGCACUUUGGACCAACAAUGCACAGUUACUCGUCCGGGGCUUGCUCCUAUUGCUUCAGCCCUUGCUGUUGAACUUUUAGUGGGGAUUCUACAUCACCCUCAUGGGAUACAUGCCAAGGCAGAGUUUGCAAACUCUACUGACAGUGGAAGCACUGAGCAACCUCUUGGCAUUUUACCGCAUCAAGUUCGAGGAUCGCUCUCACAGUUUUCUCAGAUGACACUUGUUGGACACUCCUCAAAUAGUUGUACUGCUUGUUGCUGCACUGUGGUAUCAGAAUAUCGAGAAAGAGGGUUGGAUUUUGUCCUUGAAGCCAUUAAUCAUCCAACCUAUCUGGAGGAUCUUACUGGACUAACCGAGCUGAUUAAGUCAGCAAACUCUAUUAUGCUGGACUGGGAAAAUGAGGAUGACGAUGAUGAUGAUUGUGUUGAAAUCUGAGGGUAAACUUUUUAAUUUUAUGAAUUAUGUCUGUUGCAUUACCUUUGCCAAUUGUACAGAGAACUUAAUAGGAAACCAAAUGAAAUUCACAUUCAUUAUCGGUUUCACCUUUAUUUUAGGGAUUCUUCUUGGACCUUAUAUGAUGAUUGAACCAGUUGACUGUGUUACAUAUAGCAUUCAAAUGGCCAAGUUGACUUAAUUUGGAGAUGAGACAGCUAAUGCCACAUUACCAAUAAAGAAGUUUUGACUUGAUGGCCAUAUGUUACAUUGGAUUCACGAAUAAGGGGCAGAAUCCCAUAUUUGGUUAGACUUUUGUGACUUGGGAUAAUUUAUCCGGGGUUCUUUUAUCCUGUAAAUGUUGGGAUAACUUAUCACAGGAUAACCGUAUCUGCACAAAAUGACUAAAAUACCCUCUUUGGUUAAAUGGUUUAAUAGAUUUAGGAUCUGCUCUUUUCCCAUCUGUAUUAUUUGGGGGAUAGAUCAGGUUGUAUGGUAAAGUGAUCCAAAGGUAGCCUCUCUCGAGUUUAAUUUGGAUUUUGUAGCUUCUGCAAUUAAA